UUAUCCAUACGAGGACGAGCAUCUGAUGAUGACAAUGCUACAGCCGAUUUCAACUAAGCAAUGAAUAUUAAAUAGAAGGCCAGCAUCAGAAGAAUGGCAGUCGCCGCGGCUGCCUCUCUCGCUGUCUGCUCGUCUUCUCUCCUCCUUAGGCUGCACCCUUCCUCUAUCGUGCGCCUCUCCUUCUCCUUCCCCGCCCCUUUCUGCACUACUCCACGGGUGCGCAUGGCGCAAACCGUCACCCGCGCUACUCUCGGCCUCACCAAACCUGUCCCCGUCGACAUUCCUCAGAUUGCUUUUUCUGCAAAAGAGAGUGAUUUCUUGGAAUGGAAAGGCGACAUACUUGCAGUGGCUGUAUCAGAGAAGGACAUGUCUAAGGAUGAGGAUUCCAAGUUCAAGAACCCAAUUUUGAAAAAGCUAGACAGCCAGCUUGGUGGACUUUUGGGUGAAGCAUCAGCAGAGGAAGAUUUCACUGGAAAAGCUGGGCAAUCGACAAUUCUAAGACUUCGCGAUUUAGGUUUCAGGCGUCUUGGCUUGAUUGGGCUUGGGCAAUGCAUGCCUUCUACUGCUACAACCACUUAUCGAGGCCUUGGAGAGGGAGUUGCUGCAGCUGCAAAAGCUGCACAGGCAAGUAAUGUUGCUAUUGUCCUAGCUUCUUCUGAGGGGCUUUCUGAAGAUUCUAAGCUCAAUGCUGCUUCAGCAAUAGCAUCAGGGACCGUGCUUGGGAUUUAUGAGGACAGUAGGUUUAAGUCAGAAUCGAAAAAGCCCUUACUUAAGUCAGUGGAUAUUAUCGGGCUUGGGGCUGGACCUAAACUGGAAAACAAACUCAAAUAUGCUGGUGAAGUUUGCUCUGGGGUGAUCUUAGGAAAAGAGCUUGUAAAUGCACCGCCGAAUGUACUCACACCUGGCGUACUAGCAGACGAGGCCUCAAAAAUUGCUUCCACAUAUAAUGAUGUUCUUACUGCAAACAUAUUGAAUGUGGACCAAUGCAAAGAAUUAAAGAUGGGUUCUUAUUUGGGUGUUGCAGCUGCAUCUGAAAAUCCCCCUCAUUUCAUCCAUAUUUGUUAUAAACCUCCAAACGGACAAGUGAAAGCCAAGUUGGCAAUAGUUGGGAAGGGAUUGACUUUUGACAGUGGUGGCUACAACCUCAAGACAGGCCCAGGGUGUUUAAUUGAGCUCAUGAAAUUUGAUAUGGGAGGUUCUGCAGCAGCUCUAGGCGCAGCGAAGGCCAUAGGGCAAAUUAAACCACCUGGAGUGGAGGUUCAUUUCAUUGUUGCUGCUUGUGAGAACAUGAUUAGUGGUACAGGCAUGAGACCUGGGGAUAUAAUAACAGCUUCAAAUGGAAAGACGAUUGAGGUCAAUAACACUGAUGCUGAAGGCAGGCUUACACUAGCAGAUGCUCUGGUUUAUGCUUGCAACCAAGGUGUUGAGAAGAUUGUUGAUCUGGCAACACUGACUGGGGCAUGCAUUGUUGCUCUCGGGCCCAGUAUUGCAGGAGUCUUCACGCCCAGUGAUGACCUAGCAAAUGAGAUUUCCGCUGCUUCUAACAUCACUGGCGAGAAAUUUUGGAGGAUGCCAUUAGAGGAAAGCUACUGGGAGUCUAUGAAAUCAGGAGUUGCUGAUAUGGUUAACACAGGAGGCCGUCAAGGGGGUGCAAUCACUGCCGCGCUGUUCUUGAAACAGUUUGUCGAUGAGAAGGUCCAGUGGCUGCAUAUAGACAUGGCCGGUCCCGUCUGGAAUGAUAAGAAACGGACUGCGACGGGAUUUGGGGUCUCUACUUUGGUGGAAUGGGUUCUGAAAAACUCCUCAAGUUGAGAGCUGAAAAUUUUCACACAUCUCCAGUGACUUGAGCCGGGUCACUCGCCUUGUCAAAGCUAGAACCUUUCCGAGGUGGGAGGAGGCUCUAACUAGCAAGCUACAAUGCUUGAUUGUUCCUAGCUGCAUCAGUUCACUUGCAUAGUUCAAUCGGUCAAUCUGAACUGUCCCUUAUGUUCAAAACACAUUUCAUGGGACACUAUAUAAAAUUCACAUUGAUCUGAUGAUCCAAUCAGUCCUUGAUUUGUUCUUA